CAGAUUAUAUUGAUAGGGGAUUCCCCAAUGUUGACAGGAAGCCAUUUUGAGCUCAGGUUUAGAUUGUUUUUGUUGAUAAAAUGUAAUAAAUUCUGUCUUCUGACGAAUCUAAGGAAACAAGUUUAAGAUGCCUGUCAAUCCAGUACAACACAGAAUGAAAAGAAUUUUUCGAAAGAUCAGUAUUUGUUUUGUUUUCCUGUCGAGAAUCAACAACGGACCAAUCAGACCACACCAAACACGUCAUGGGAAUAAUCACCAUGGCAACAGUGAACAUGAUGAACACAACAAGCAUGAGAAGCCUACAAGUAAUUUUAGAGUGGCCAGUCUCUGCUUCAUGUUUCUCAGACGUUUACAUGCAUUUGAAGACCAUUUCCAUGCUUGUAACACACAAAACCACAGACCUCUGAUGAAAAAGCCAAAACGAAACUUAAGUGCCAGUGGAAAAUGCCCAUGUUGUAAUUUGAAGACAGAUUCCGAAAAUGGAGAAGAGCAGACUAAAACCAUACUAACCCAUUUCUUGAGGGAUAUCGUUCCAAAAUUUUCACGAAUUUGUAUUGGCCAGAAUCCACAAAGCUCAUCACAGAUUUGGACACCAGACAAAAAACCACAAAAAUGGCCGACAAGUCUUGUCUGGAAAGAUCCUAACAACACCCCAAAAGACACUUUAGAAGUCUUACAGAAAAAGAUGGACAUUUUAAUGCAGUUAUGUGAUAUUAAAAAAAUUCCACCGGAAUAUUACCCUGAACUUCAAGCCUACCAGGAAUAUUGUCAUGAACUAUCAAACAAGAAAGAUUCGGCAGACAUUUCCAAACUACAAAUCCUACGGCAGCAGCGUAAGAAGUCACAUGACCUCGCCCAAGCUUGUCGGAAGUUUUCAGAAUUUGUUCAGCAUCAUGGUUUACCUGAUAAGUCCCCGUUAUUACAGAAAGAAAUACAACGCCUGAGUCAAGUUUUACAUGAGGCUAACUCUAACAACAAGUUAGCGUCUCAGUUUGAUGAGGUGUAUUGUGCUAUUGCUAAUGCAGAGGGAACAGAAAAGCCCCCUGAAGAGUUUAUGGCACAAUUUGCCUCAUCCUCUCAGACGUACUCAGCAGGAGAUAUCUUUAUGGCGACCUCGACAGGAAGUUUCCGUCGUGACAACGCGGCCGCCUACAGUUACUUAACCAAUAGUCAGGGAUCAGAAUUCCAGGAUAUCUUUUAUGCCCGGCGGCCUUGUGAGAAGAGAGUAUUUGCAGAUACAACCCAGAAUUCCAAUUUCGUGUACAAUCCCUUAGGGGGAAAGAGACUUAAAGCUUGCUCUCAGACUAUCUUAGAGAAUGGUUUUGCUGGAAGUGGAUUUUUUUGACAAAGGGAUUUUAUGCUUUUGUUUUUUUGAGACAAAAUUCCAUCUGCAAAUUUAUUGUACGAUUUUUUAUAUGUAAUGUAUUUAUAGAUUGUAUUUAUUGUUCAAAAACAUGUUUUUGAACCAGGGUAGUUUGAUGUCCUGAUGAUUGGUUGAAGUCACAUUUAUAUUUAUAUAUGUAUAUGUAAAUUAUAUGUAUGAAAUAAGGGCUUAAAAGACUAAGUUUCACAUUUCUUAAGGAGUAAUAAAAAAAAUAUAGAUUGAUAAAUUUUGAAACUUUCACAUUAACCCAUAGGGUUAAUAGACCAGGCAUUUCUAAAUUUGUAUUUUCUGAUGAAAAGAUUUUCAUCAUUUCAACAAAAGGUGUUAAUUUAUAUAAUUGUUAAAGACUGUUUUUAGUUGGAUUUUUUCUAUAAAGUUUGUACAGUUUUUGAUAGAAAUGAUAUUAUAUGAUACUUAAAGGAAUAAGCAUUUGGCUUUUGUAUAAGCUUUCCAAGGUAUUGUCAUCUAAGCAUUAAUCGGCUUUUGUAUAAAACCGUACAUAUUUUACACUAAAUAUAGUUUUUAAAUAGAGAAAAUUUAGUUUAGAAAUGUUCUCUGCUAAAAGUUAGUAUGUAAAAAUUUUCAUAUAUAUUAUGUGAUUGUCUGUUUACUGGAAAAAAAAUGUAGGUACAUCUCUGUGCUUAAUAUUUUUCUUUUUUAGACAUAAUUUUACCAAGGAUUUGUAUACAGUAAGUCUUACUUUACAAAUCCUUGAUUUUACAGUUAAAGGUGUUUUCUGAUAUUUUUAUGUGAAAUAAAAAAAAAUUAAAGAGUAUAUAAAGGUCUUGGGUAACAAAAUAGAGAAAAAAACAAGUUAAAAUCUUUAUUAUAAAAUGUUCAAUAAUUUCAGGAAUAGGUUGACAGGUAUUAUUACAAUUAUAGGUUGUAUUUCAUUUAGAAAGGUCUUAAAGCAUAUAUUUUAGAGAUUACAAAUGUGUAUUAUAUGCCACAUAAUAUAUUUUAUAGCUAUGCCACAUAAUAUAUUUUAUAGCUUAUCACAAGUACUUAAAAUAGUAUUUUUAACAUAUCAGUGUUAAUUGUUAAAUAUGAUGACUUAUUACAUUUGCUUAAAGAUGAUGAACAAAUUUUAAAUGAACUUUUAAAAAAAUUGUUUUAUUAAUCUUUAUUCACACUAUAAGAUUUUCAAUUUUUUUUUAAAUAUUUAAAUACAUGUACUGGGAAAACACGAAUUCAUGCCCUAUUGAGGAAGGAAAGUAGGUUCAUCAUUCUUAAUGUUAGAUGUACGCUAUAGGAGACUAUUUCUUAUUUAUUUAGAUACGAAGAUAAACAAAAAUCUAAACUCUAUUGUUAGAGAAAAUGUUUGUUCUUGUUUGUUUUGUUGUUGGAUUGCUGUCUCAUUGAUGUAAGCUCCAGAUCUCUUUUUGUUCAUAACAACAACAAAAAAGAAUGUUGAAAUUCUCUAAAAGAACAUUUUAACAAAAUUUUCUGGACAUAUUAAUUGUAUGCAUGUAUACAAAUAAACUGUUGUCUUCAAAUCUUUCGUUGAAUUAAAAAUAUACAUGUUAAGUGUAUGUUUUUUAUACUUGGAGGUUGGAUCCCAAGUUUGAAUCUUAGAAUUUUUAUCAGGAGAACAAAACAAAGUAUCAUUGAAAUAAUUUUUCACAAGAAAAUGUUUUGUGAGUGUGACACAGUAGUAAUUUAUAAUAUGUAUGUAAAAAAAAACAUAUGUGUUUUGUAUUUGUGUAUGCUUAUUGGGACAUAAUUAUUAUAACUAUUAAAUAUAUCAUUAUAAUUAUUCCAAUGAGGUCAAGGCUAGUGGACUGUACAGUGAAACAAUUCUAAUCUUAACCUUGAGGAACUUGAAUAUCUGUCUAAAUUGAGCUCUUGUAUUACAACAUGCAGUGAAAAAUUCAUACCUCUUUGUGCUGUUUGGAAGGGUACAACUUUCUUAAAUGUUUUUUUACCCAAAAGGGUUUGGUGAAGACAAUUUUCACUGUACUGAAUAUUUUCCUCUACUUUGUACAUGAAAUACAUCGAUAUAUAUUGCUUAACUAAUGAACAGUUAUAUCCCUUAAUACAUACCAAAAUUAGAUAAUUCAAGACUAUUCUGUUUUAUCCUGAGAUAACAGGGAAACACCUAGUAUUGUUUUGUUUUGUUAACAUACAUUGUACUAAAAUUUACCAAGGCAUUAUUUCAUUGUGUUUACGAUUAACAAAUUUUAUUUUCAAUUUUGUCUCAUUGGAGAAAUAUGAAUUUAGACACAAACUUUUCUUAAGAGUAUUUGUCCUCUUUGUUACUCAAAUUUAAUUUUCUUAAAUAGUAGGUUAAAAUUGAACAGUCUGAUAAUUUUUCUCUACUUUGUACAUAAAAUACACAGAUAGUACAUAUAAAAACACACACAUUUUUACACUUUUUUACAUUUGCUGUAUAUAAUGAAUCAUGUAUUGUGUGACCUACCACAAUAUUGAUGUUGUUGAUAAUCCCUAAGGAUGGAUAGAGUAUAGGGUGAUUAACAGUGCUGGUUGAUGCUAACAUUAUUUGACUUACUUCCCUUUGUAUAGUGCAUUAUCUCCCUUGAGUAUCCUGAUUUCAUUUUUCCAAUACUCGUUGACCUUACAAUACAUACAAUUUAUUUAUGUUAAUUAAAAGGGUUUUCUUUGGAACAUUGUUUCUAUUGAAAUUUGUCUAUUUGUAUGUUUGUCAUAUAAAAACUUGAAAAGAAUGAUGAUUAAAUUAAGGCCUUAUUUGAAGUAUUGAAAAUUUUGAUAGUAACAACCAUUUUUUUUUUUUAAUUCAAAAUUUUAAUGAUGAAAUCAGUGCUAUAUCAUGUUUGUUGAACAGAUUGAAAAUAUAUCAUUUAUAUAGCAUAAUGAUACCACAUCAUAUGCAGUUCUGAGAUAAUACAUGCAUUUUCAUCCAACUUCGAGGAUUAUUUUUUUACUCAUAUAAAUUAAUCAAUGAGCGAUAGAUUUCUCCUAAGAAAUUUUUUAAUGUCCCAGUGAAUAAACUAUACAGAGAACAAUAGGUAUUGUAUAUUUUCAAUAAGACAAUAAAGCAGACAAAUAUUUAAAUUCCUUGACCAAGAGGAGAUGACUCUAGAAAAUUUUCAUUUAGUUCACAAUAAAUAGAUCUAAUAAGUGUUAAUAAAUAAAUGCAUUUAUUAUUAAAAAUAGUUGUGAACUCUGUCUCACCAUUUUAAUUUAUUGCUCAAAUUCCUUAAAAAUUCUACAAAACAUGACAGUGCUACAAAAAUGUUUUGCAUAAUAAUGUGGUGCAAUUUAAAUAAAGCAAUCUUUUAGUGAAAUAUACAUGUUUAUUUUAUUGAAACUGAUUUUGAAAGUGUACAGGAUAUGAAAUGAAUCAAAAUAUAAAAAUGGAAGACAAAACAAAACAUCAUAAAUAAAAUCUAACAUAAAUAAAAUCUAAUUUGAUUAAUGUAAAGUACACUUAACAAAUCAUGCUUUAUGUAAAAUUUAUCGUAGUACUUUAAUCCUGAGAAUUUUUAGUUCAAGGAUAAUAAACUUGCACUGCUAAAGUAUGUACAAUGUGAGUUUCAAAACACAGAGCAUGCUCAAUGCAGAAUUAUCAUAUAAAGCAUUUAGAAACCCAGAACCAAUUCUACUGCAUUCCAUUUGUGAUGAAUUCUGAGUAAAUGGAACAAUUUCCUACAAUUGUGGAUCCAUUUUUUUCGUGGGUAUCAAUUUUUGUGGAUAAAGGAAAACUUCAUUUUUCGUGGGUAUUUGAUUUCGUGUUUUAGAAAAUCUCUGCAUACAAAGCCUACAGAAAAUGUGUGAUCAUUGAACAUUUGAAUUCAUGGUUCUUCUGUAACCAAGAAAAAACGGGAAAAUUGGUAUCUAACGAAUAAUAAUGAAUCCACAGUAUUGGAGAAGGUUAACAAGAAAUUUGAUUGGUCGAUUCACAUGUUUCAAAUGCUACCUUUGAAAAAUAAGUUUUGAGUUUCAAAAAAUUAUUAUUCAUGAUUGAUAUUAGGAUCAAAACAUACAUUAUUGUUUACAAUUGCCUGACAAUUAUUGAGUUAAACCACAAAUGAAGUUAAUAUAUGAUUCUUAUAGUGUUUAUAAUGUGAUAAUUCUAAAAAAAAUUAUAUAGUCCAGUGGAAAUAAUUUAUUUAUAUGUAAAUGGUAAAGUCCAUUGAAAUAAUUAAUUUACAGUAUACAGAAACAAUCUUGUUUUGUCUGUGUUUUCCAUUGAUUUGGUUGUACUAUGUAUUACCUUUUUUUUUUUUUUAUUUAAUGUUAUUUUUUGUCAAGAAUGAAAUAAUUGUAUUAAUGAAUCAUUGCUAUUAAAAUAAUGAAAAUUCA